UUUGAGGGUUGGCUGCAGUGAUGUCCAGAUCGCCAAAAUCCGCCUCGAGGUCUCGGAGCCGCACCAGGUCCCGGUCUAGAUCCCGCUCCAGCUCUCGCUCCAGGAGUCGCUCCAGAUCCCGAUCAAAGAAGCGCCACUACCGCUCCAGGUCUCGGUCAUGGUCAAGAUCUCGUUCUCCAUCUCAUAACCGGGAGAAGAAAUACCCGAGGGGAUACCAGAACGGGCGUGAGUUCCGGGGCUACCACCGCGGCUUCCGGAGGCCGUACAACUUCAGGGGCCGGGGGCGGGGCUUCUUCCCACGCGGACGCUACCAGCGUGGCGGCGGGGGAGGUGGCUACAACCAUAACAACAACUUCCGCCCCAACUGGAAGAACUACAAGCAGCAGUACCCUCAGAAACAGCAGCAACAGCAACACCAGCAGGAGCAGGAGCAGGAGCAGCAGCAGCAGCCAAACCAUGCACGAGGACGCUCUCACAACCCCCAGCAGCGCUCGGGGAGCCCCCCUCGUGGUCACUCCCACCACUCAGACCAAUCCUCCUCGCCUCUAUCCAGACACUCCCAGCAUUCGUCCUCUUCCUCACACUCCUCCUCUACCAAAUGGAAGCCAGCCUUGUUGCUGACUAACCCAAGCGCCAAAGAUGGGAAAGAGGAGCCCUCUGUCUCCAAGGAGGCCCAAAAGGGAGGAGGGGGAGAUGAGGAGCCAGCGGAGCCUGUGGGGGUGUUGGCAGGAGAGGCCAAAGAAAGCGCCUGCAGUGGGAAAGCUGAGGGGAACUGGCAGGGUGACUGCAGCCCAAAGAGAACCAGCACCCUGGCGAGCUAUGCUGUUAUUGUUGGGCAGAACAGCCAGUCUACCAACCAGUCUAGUCCUUCCCCUAAAAUCACAAAGGACAUCAGCAAUGGCGCCCCCUCCUGGAGGACGGUGGGUAGUUCCUCCUCAACAAAAAAACCCUCACAUGAAGGUCUAAAUCCAAUGCUCUCCAGCUUUGACUUCUUCUCCAACGAGGAAUACCUGGAUGGAGAUAAAACUGCCAUCUCCAUUGCCUUCAGACAGUUUUUGGAAGAGCAAAAUAAAAAAGCCAAAGCUCUGGAAAAUGGCAAGAACACAGAAGCAAAUGAUGUGGAAAUGGAAAAAGGGAAAGUGAAUGGAAAAGCACCCACAAAUAUUUCUGACUCAGUGUCAAGAAAAUGCAAAGAGGACAAUGGUGGUGAAGUGUCUCUGAACAGCUUUCUGAAAGCUUCUCCCUUUCUGUCUGCUGACGGCGAGGAAGAGGAGGAGAUGAUCGUCAAGCCUAAUUCAAAGUCACUUCACAAAGACUGGCAAAAUGGGGAAGAGUCCUUUAAGACAAAGAUCAGGGUCACUCACUCAGCCGGGGAACUGUUUGAUGAAAGCUUUAGCAAAUCGCAAAAUGUGAGUUAUUCACAGGCUGCUAACUGUGACCUUGACUCGGUAGCAGAAGAUGUAUAUCUUAGUCGAAAGCAGGAUAGAGUAGCGGCAAUUUCUGCUGCCCUCGCUAAGAGGGAGAUGGUGGGACAUUUUGAGGAACUGUCACCAGACAUGGCAGGUAAAGCCAGGAAGAUGACAAGCUCUCCCUCCAUCCCAUCUCCUGCACCACCACCAAGGAGGAACCCUGACGUAGAGCUCAGGGGAGAGGACACUCCUUUCAUGUCCUCAAGGAAACAGGAACCAAAAGUAAAUGUCAGAAUGGAUUUCCUCGGAGAGAGGCUGAUGAGUUAUGAUAUUUUAGUUGAGAUGGAUGUCAAAGCUUUUUCUCAAAUAUACUAA